GAGGGGGCUGCGCGCCGUCGGGCACGCGCCGCGAGAGCGUUCCCUCGGCGGAAGCUGCUUCUUCCUUCCCCAGGAGGAGCAGGCGGGGCUAAAGGCGAGGGAGGCGGCGCAGGAGGCGGAGCGCCCGCCCCGCAGCCGGCGCCGGUCACCCCUGAGAAGAGGAGAGGAGAGCCGGGUGGCGGCAAAGGGGGACCACCAUCGCCGCCUCCAGCAGCAGCAGCACCAGCCCCGCGGCUCUGCUCCCUUCUCGCCGCCCGCGCACAGACGGAGCCGCCGCCGCCGCUCCCGCUGGAACAGCCCUUCCUGGCCCUCGGCCGGGGACCCCGCGGUGCCCGCAGCCCGCCUUCCUCGGGCGCGGGGUGGUCAGCCCCAAGCGGAGGACGUCAGCUGGCCUAGCCGCCCCUGCUCUUGCCCCGCUUCUCGCGCCAGAGCAGGAGGCGAUGAGCGGCCUCGAGGACUACGCAGGUGCGAGCCCCGUGCCCAGCCCCGGAUCCCCCGGAGGGGACGAGCCACCACAGAAAAGACAAAGAACUGUAGAAGACUUCAAUCAGUUUUGCACUUUUGUGCUAGCUUAUGCAGGCUACAUCCCAUACCCAAAGGAGAAUGAGCCUUGGCUCCACAGAGGCAACAUGAGCCCCCAGAACAGCACAGGCAGCACUCAAGACAGUGACAGCUGGGCCUCAUCUCAGUGCUGUGACUCCCAUGUGCUAUCAGAUGAUGGAGGAAUCAGGAACACUACAUGCAGAGGGACUGGAAACCUCCUACUGAACUCUGACAUUUCCAGUGGCUUCUGUAAAGGCCGACCUCAGCAAACCAAGAAGAGGAAGCAGUCAGCAAAGAAGCUCAUCUUGGACCGAGAGGUGGAUAAGAGGGUGAUGCCAAUGAACACAAAGGACAUUAAGCAGGAAAGGAUUGAGCCAGGUAAAGGGACACACCUAGAAUCAAGGGAGAUUGAAUCCUGUCUCCCAAAGGAAGAGCUCCAGUCCACAUCUCUGCUGGAGCAAUACAUAAAGCAGAAGGACUGGAUCCAUGGAAUGCAAGCAGCUGAGAAGCCUGAGGAACAGAACUCGUGCAAAGAGGAAAGAAUCAGCCCUGCCUGUUGGAACACAGUAGAGCAGAACAGUGAGGAAGAACUCAGUAGAGACGGCUCCCAAAUCAGUACUUUGUGUGAGGAGUUUGCUGCUGCCUCAGACACCAAAACCGAUGAGGAUGAUGCCUGGGAUCUCAUCACUUGCUUCUGCUUAAAGCCUUUUGCUGGGAGACCUAUGAUAGAGUGCAAUGAAUGUGCCACUUGGAUCCAUCUCUCCUGUGCCAAGAUACGUAAAUCCAAUGUGCCUGACAUCUUCAUCUGCCAACGAUGCCGUGAUGCAAAGCAGGAGAUUCGCCGCUCAAACAGAGCCCGCACCAUUCCCCGCAAGCGAUUCUGCGACUGACUUUGGCUUGGGGGAUGGCUGGGUUCCCUUUGAACUUGGACUGGAUCCCUAUUGGCAAGACAAUCAAAAUGCAGGAGCCUCCCUGGGAAAUAAGUGCGGGGGCCCUAUGCUUCCAGAAACGUGUGUCUUAUUCAAGCCUAUUGCAGGUGGGUGGGGCAUACUUGAUAGGGCCUGAACUGUGCUUUUGAGAUCUCAGGGUUACACUAGAGCAGCAAAUGCAAAGGUGCCUGGCAGACACGUGACUGGUUUGGUGGAUUCCAGUGCACAAAGCACUAAGUCAGCCAGAAGCCUCUUUGACCUUGUGCAAAAAGGGCUCGAUGCCUUUCAACAAUCUAUGGGAAGCUGGCCUGAAGUUUGUUCUUUUGUGGUACAGUAGCUGCUCAGGCUUAAAUUUUGUAAGUUUAUGGCCCCAGGUUUGUUCA